GCCGCCGUGACCGUUGACACAUCGUUGUUUCCCGCCACGCCACUCGUAACUGCCCUUUGCGACGCCUCUUUGUCUGCCAACGCCGACCCCUUACGCUCAUUUUAUCACGAUUGGCUUGGGGAAAACGAUGUUCUAGUGUUUCAGACACCUUCAUCUUCACAUCUCCUCUAUUCUCUUGUUGCCAAAACACCACGGCCGUUUCCCGGUCUUGCUCAAUAUCUCUUUCACGCCGCUCGCAGAUCACUGCGUGUCGCCGAAUCGCGACCUGCAUUCAAUCGACAGCUAAUAUAGACCAUCAUGAGGACGUCUUCCGCAGUCUGGGCUGCCGCCCUGGCAGUCGUGUCUGUCCAGGGUCCCAUACUAACCACCGCAGAGGCCGCACCCGCCCCUCAGCAAGGUGCUGGCGCUGGCCAACAAAUGCGAUACUACUUCCCUCGCCCCCUCAAAAGACAGAACGCUCUGCAGAAUACGACCAGCUCUUCUACUUCGUCCCUUACAUCGACUCCCGAGGCCGAAACCUCUACCACGGAUCCCUCUUGGUUCCAGGCAUUUUCUUCUCUCUUUUCCGAAUCCCAGGAUCCCUCUGCGACCUCAUCGUUUAACUUCCAGGAUCUGUUUUCGCCUUCGUCAACCUCUACUGCGCUGGACGCAGCAGCGGCCGCGACCAGCGACUCGACUACCACAUCGGAGGACUCUUGGACCACUUCAAACGCUGCAGACGCCUUUGUCGCAUCGACAGGCUCGUCACCCUCUACCACGAUCCUUCCCACCGCGUCCUCUGAAUCGAGCACAACUCAGGGGGCUGCAUCAUUUUCUACCUCAUCGAUCGAUAUUGUCGCCGACACAGCGACAGUCGAGUCUCAAUCAUCGACCGAAUCCUCAGCCGCGCCCUCAUCGAAGGUUGAUACCUCCGUCGCAUCUACUGGCGACAUUCCAACCGAGAUCGUUCAACCCACCUCUUCUGUCGCUGCACAAUCGACAUCGUCGAGCGGAACUGCGGAGGAGACUACCACCGAGGAUGUCAAUUCUUCCCAGGCCUCUGUGGCAUCUACUGGAGAAUCUCCCUCGAGCGUUGUCCAGCCUACUGGCCCCUCUUCAUCAGCCUCGGUUGCGUCAACGGGAGAAGUUCCCUCGGACAUCGUUCAGCCGACCGCAUCGUCAUCAACUGCUCGAGUAACCUCUGAGAGCGUCCAGCCUACCGUUGCUUCUACUAGCAUAGUCACGUCCGAGAGUGUAGAGCCAACCCCGCCUUCUUCCAUUGCCUCUACUGGCGGUGUACCUACGGAAGUUGUGCAACCGACUUCCAGAGAACAAUCAUCUGACACAGUUCAAUUGACUUCUAGAAGCGCAUCGUCCUCGGCAUCAGUGGGUACCACUGCAACCGACAUCAGUGAGUCAGUAUCACCGACAGCGCAAGGUACAUUGGCUUCUCUUGGCUCAACUGGGAACGUUAUUGUCGAAUCAGUAACACCUACCCUCUCGUCCGAUUCUACCGAUGUUGCUUCUGUUGCUUCGACUGGCGCGGCCAUGUCAGAAAAGGUCGAGCCAACCGCAGCCGCAACCUCCUCUGAGAUAAAUGUUUCUAUCCAGCGACCUGGCUCUACUGGUGGCGCAAUCACUGAAUCUGUUACGCCCACUGCUUCACCAUCCUUGUCAGACUCCACUGGCAGUGACACCUUGGUCACUGGUGACGGAUCUACAGGAAGUGUUGCGACAGAGUCCGUAGCUCCUACUGCCGCGGCAUCUACAGGCGAUGUCAUUCAGUCCUCAGAUGAAGUUCAGCCAACAGCUCCCAGCUCUAUCGUCGCGUCGACUGGACCCGUGAUCCAGUCCACUGACGAAACGCAGCCUACGUCUGCUGCUGGCUCUGCAGCAAGCGCUCAAUCAUCGGUUGCUUCGACGGGCGUUGUCGUUUCUUCUGCUGGUGAAGUUCAGCCCACUACAACCGGUCAAGAGACCACCGGUGCUGCGUCUACUGGCGGUAUCCCUGACAUCGUUAUUCUGCCCACACCAUCCUCGGCCAGUGGUACGCAGUCGUCGAGCUCCAACACCGAUGGUGGAAUCAUUGUCGGCCUUUCCACCUUCCUCAAUGGUGGCUCGUCAUUCACUUCCACCGCUCCUCCUGCUGCAACAACCGCCGGCGAUGCUUCGAGCACUGCAACCGCUGUGGCCGAGCAGACUGAUGCAAACAAUGCCACUGUCAUUGCUACGACUGAGAGCUCCACCACUCCCGUCAUCUUGCUGCCCAUCGGCACCACUACAUCCAACGAUGAUGUUUCGGCAACAUCUCUUGCGAGCGCUACUGCCACUGGCAUUACUGACGCCUUGUCCAGCAUUGUGUCUUCGGCACAGGCAGCCCUCGAAACAGGCAUAUCUUCGUUGACUUCCGCUGGAUCCGCCGACGCUACUAAGACAUCAUCUGACGGACCCACGGCAACGGGACCUUUGAGUGGUGCUUUGUCGAGCAUCGCAUCUUCCCUCAACUCUGAGCUCACCAGUGUGUUGGCAACGGCUACAGACAGCGCCGUCUCAUCCGCACUGGCCUCCGACCUUUCAAGCUUGCACUCAAGCGCUUCGGCUUCGCUUGCACAGGAAACUACUGCUUCUGCAGCUGUUACUGAUGCUUCCGCAACCUCGACCAGUGCAGUUGACAACACGACCGUCGCCGUCCCUGGAUCGAUUACCGACUCAAGCAGCCUUCCUUCCGCUACAGCUACUGACGGCGUCUCUUCUGGCACCAACACUUCGCUUUUGUCUCAGACGACCGCUUCUGUCACUGAUAGUGCUGUGAUCACAUCGGUCGCUACCGACAAUGCUACCUCAGAACUGACCGGAGACUUGUCCGCAACUACCUCAGCCACAUCGUCCGAAGCUACCAGCAGUGUCUCCGCUACUGUCACUGAUAGCCAAGUUUCGAGCACUGUAGUCUCCGUUGAUGCUUCGGCAACUGCAACUACAGGUACAUUCAUGUCUGUACCUGCCAAUAGCACUGUGGCAGCAAGUGGCAGCGACAGUGGUUUGAGCACUGCCACAAGCGUCGGCAACACUGCUACAUCUGCUCAAACUGAAAGUAGCGCAUCAUUGACCGACAGCGCCGUUACCAGCAGCGGUACCACGGUCUCCGCUACAUUCGCUUCAGGCAGCGCUCCUUCGGUGACCUCGUUUACCGCUUCCACUUCUGGCACGCUUGUGAUCCCUGUUCCGCUCACAACUCCGCCUUCGUCCCUUCUUUCGUCGAUUUCAUCCGCUCAGUCGUCUAUUGACUCUUCUGUCUCUGCAUCAAUUUCUUCUGUCGAGUCAUCGCUUGCCGCAUCUGCCUCUGCUUCGCAGGCAUCGAAUGUUGCAUCUCUCAUGCCCAACAAUGCAACUAUGACUUCUGCUGUUGUCGGCAUCUCGACAUCGAUUCCACUGUCAAGUGAGACUACUCUUGAUCUUUCAUCUGGAAGCAUCACCAGCACUGCUACGUCUUUGCAGACAUCAGGCAAUGCUUCGACGACAGUCUUCACCUCAGAGGGGACUGCUAUAUCAGCCACCGCUGAGAGCAGCGCAUCUGCAAGCUUCUCCAGUGCUAGCUCGACAGAGGACACAACCGUUCCCUUCGGUUUUGCUUCCAGCACCGAGGCAUCGUCGCCUCCAUUGACUUCUGUAGUCUCGACUACGCCAGCAUCUCCAGCUCCUACUGCAGCAUCUACCUCUCUUGUCUACGAUCCUUCGACCAGCACUGCUCCCACUAGCAUCGUGCCUAUUGGAACCAACACUUACAAUUCCAUGCCUGUGGAAACUAGCAUUUUGCAAAUCAAAUCUUUCAAUACCUUCCGGCUGGAUUGGCCUAUGGUCUCGGUGUCGAUGCAGACAGUGUCAAGAUGUAUGCACUGCAGCCUUAUGACACUACCGAUUCGUUGCACUACAUCACCACUUUGGCUUUGGCAUAUGUUCCUUCCGAAGUUGUGAACCAACUACAGCUUGACCUCCACACUUCGGUCGCCACCAUGUACAACAAUCCUGAUGCAUCUACCAAGACAUUGAUGGGUAUGAUCAAUCCUGCCAUUCCAAUGAUAC